AGCGUCGCUCCUGCGGCAGGGAUGGUCGCGCGCAGUUGCCGCGUCGCCGCCGCCUGGAGGGUGUCAGCUGUCUCACGUCGCGCCGCCGGGCUCAGACCCCCAAGUGAAGCAGUAAACUAGCAGCAUGGCCGUACCUGUAAGAAGCUGCUGUUUCUUCUUCAACCUGAGGCAAGGUUCCAUGCUGAUAGCAGUCAUCGAACUGCUGCUGUCGGCCAUCGCGCUGUUCCUGCUGCUGCUGGGGUCUGCGCACGCGCAGGAGGUGGCGGCCAUGCUGGAGGCGGACAUGGAGGACAGCGAGCGCGACGAGCGCAUGCUCGUGGUGCCGGACCGCCGCGAGUCGCUGCUGUGGCUGCAGCCGCACCACUUCAACAACCAGAUGCGUCUGCAGAAGGCGCAGCACCUCGCCCUGGUAAUGAUCGUCGGGCUGUACACGGGUAUCGCGCUGGUGACCAUCCACCUCAUCAGCUGUGUUCUUCUGCUGUACGGAGCCAUCAUGCGAGUGCGGCAGUUCCUGCUGCCGUGGAUCAGCAUCGUGCUCAUCAGCCUGGCGUUCUCGCUGACGGGCCUCCUGGUGUCCAUGCUGCUGCGGCGGGGCACCGUCCCCCUGCUGCUGGUCACCGCCCUCGGCAUGCAGAUACGGCUGUUCUCGUGGCUGGUGGUGUACAGUUACUACCGGCACCUGUACGAGGCCCAGAGCACCUCGUGCGCCAUGAUGGUCCAGCAGGACGCCAAGGCCGUCGGCAACGGCUACAUGAACUUCCCCCACUACUACAAGCCGGCCGAGGUCUAGGAGGGCGCUGGGUCGGCGGCAGGUCCCAAGACUGCCGUUGCCGUUGCAGCGCUGGGGGGUCGCAAAGAACCGAGUGUGCUGAUGAUGAUGGGAUGCUGUACGCAGUAACAUCCCCACCAACUGCGUCGUUUCUUGGGAAUCGGCCCGUAGUCGUAUCCCAAGUGAUAUGCAUCCACAUUUCCGUAGAAGAGUACGUCAGGGCACAACUGCACGGUUUCAGUUGUCAAAAAAAAAAACUUGAGUCUUUAGUUAUUCAUAAAGACUUAAGUAAUAUAUUUUCAUAUAAGUUAGUCGAACUGACAGGAUGUUAAGUAUUUUGGGGUUGUGGACGCCCCUAAAUUAUUCAUGAAGCCUUGCACCAUAGUAAUAUAUACAUAUAUAUCUUACUGCUUGCAGUUAUUACGUGGUGAAGAUAGUUGUAUUGAUGUUAGGCAAGAAAUUAAAUGCUAUACCUACUUUAACAAAAUACACCCCUAGUUGCCUUUCUCCAGAAAAAUGUAGUCAUGAAAAAUUACAUUCAAUUUUAAGUACAAGCUAUGAUUUUUCCUAUGGAUACCUACUUGCUUCCAAUAUGCUUUUCAGAUGGCUGUUAGAAAAGAUACAAGACACAUUCCUAUUUCACUUACUUUCACAAGUAAACUGGUGUGUAUAUCCGACCCGAAUCUCCAAGUGAACCAUGCAUCCAUUUACCAUAUAGCUAAAGCAAAUAUAAAUUAAAAAUGAAAAUUUUAAAGCAGCAAUAAAAAUAAAAAAAAUUUUAUUCACUGAAAAGUGCACUUACAAACAUUAAAUUUAUUUAAACAACAUUUACCCAUCACCAUUAAUAAUUUGUAAGCACAAUAGGUACUUUCUCUACAAAUCAGCGGGAAAACAUCUUAUAUAUGCUGAUAUUGGUAUAUUAGCAAUAAACUGAACUGUCUUGUGAUAUAUUCUUCAGAUAAACAUUAGUAUUUACCAGAAGUUGAUAAUCAUUUACUUGUGUACAUAGGAACUAUACCAGAAAAUAAUUAACUGCUACGUAUAUUAUCAGCAUGUUCUCACUAACAAGUAUAAAAUUUGUAAGCAAUUAAUUUAGAUUCUCCCCGGCCUUUUGAACUUUCGAGCAAAACCUGAGAAUUUUAAAUGUUUUCAUUUCAUUUAAACAGCUAAGUGAAUUCCAAAAAAAAUUAUUUAUAUAUAUUUUUUAGGUUUAGACUUCAAGGAACAUUACAAACUAAAAAAAAAUGACAGGAUCUUUGUGUUUCAAGACACAGUGCCACAUCAUUUGUUCGAUAUCUGUAGUAAACAUUGGCGUAGCUGUGUUCAUAAAUUUGGGGGGGGGGGGGGGGGGGACAAAUAAUGAUUUUGAUGUCAUGUAAACCCAUUCCCCUCCAUCGGAAAAUUUUGAUUUUAAAAGUGCAAAAUAGCGCUUUUUAAGCAGUUUUUGUAUCUAACCAUUGGAUACAUCAAUGUUAAAAUUAGUAUUGUUUCCUUAAGAUAAAAUUUGAUGAGAGAAGAAAUUACAAAUAAAGUUGGGCAGAAUAAUAUUAUAAAAUAAAAAUAUCACUGUCUAGAAAGUUGGGUGGGACAGACCCUCCACCCAAAAAGUUCAGGGGGACACGUCCCCCCUGUCCCCCCCCGGUUCCUACGCCCCUGGUAGUAAACUAAAUAAUUUCCUAUUUAAAUACUUAAAACAUAAAUUAUUUAACUAUUACAUGAACAAAUAUGAUUUAAAAGUACUAUUUUAAUUGUUUUUGUGUGCAGUCUCAGAACACAAACAUUUUUCAGGAACAUCCACUUUCAUGAAACUAGUACAUUACAACAAAACUAUUAAAAAAAUAUAUGAAAAAUGAAGUUGGCUCUAAAACAGUGAAAAUUAAAACAAAAGUCAUAAACACAAUGUAGUGAAUAAAUUUCAUGAAAUAAUGGCUAAACUGAUAAGCCUGAAGGUUUGGCUUAACCCAUCAUGUUAGUUUUUUUUUUUUUAAUUCAAGACUUUUGCGAAGAAAUAUUUAAAUAUUUUUUAAAUUGAACUUAGGUAAAUAAAAUUACAUGCAUUAACCAGUUAUAGAAUCACAGAUAAUUAACUUCUAGUACGUGACAAUGAUGCAAGUAGUCAGACAAAAAAUUUAACUUUGAAUGUUUGCCUAAAUUGUUACAAUCCAGCAAAUAAUGUGCACAGUAUAUCUGGCACCAAAAUGAACAGAGGUAUGUACCUAAUUUGUAGUACUAACAUAGUGAUAAUGACAUGAAAAUGUUAAGACCCCCAACUUGGAAAUAACAUAUCAUUUUGAGAGUCCCUUUAUGAAGUGUAAAUGCAAAUACUGUGCAUAUUAUAAUGAGUUAACUUACACAUUACACAUGGGAACAUAGGCACACACUGUUCAAGUUAUAGUGAGAUAAGUGUUGAAUGAAACAAUAAGAUUUUGAAGGCUCAAAAAAAUCUUGUAAAUUUCAAAAACAAUAUUAUUUUAAAUAUAAGUAUUUGAUGCUACGUGAAUGCGUGUUUUUUGUUUUGUUACAGUGACAAUACAUAGCCGUCAUACAUGUUCACCGAGGCAUACGUCAAAAUGGCCUCACCUUACAUUGAACACAGUAUCACAUUUCUCAUUUGCUUCUGGUUGAAAACACUAACGUCUCAACUCACUUCAGUGUAUACCACUAGCAUAACAAAAAAAACUUUAAAAUUAGAUAUGUAUAGGCUAAUCAAAUACUCAAAUACCACCAAGUUUUUUUUUUUGUUUUCAAAAGAUUUGAAGAAAAUUAUUUAAAGCUCAGUCUCACAUGCUAUUAUCGUCCCCCCCCCCCCUCUUUUUCCCACCCACAAUUUCUCCUCAUUAAAUUAGUUAAGAGCUAUCUCUGUAAAUUUAACCCGAUACCAAAUUUACAUUUGCUAUUGUGUUAGAAAUAGUUUCAACAGAUAUUCACUAAAUGUAAUAAUAUAACUGCUGUUAAAAAGUGUGCAUGCAAGUGUUAACGUAUUGACGCCCAUCUUAUUACACACAGCAAAAAUCUGUUGGAAAUAUUUAUGACAAAACCACCAAAUGCAAGAGAAGUGUGUGUAUAACAGUGAUUGUAAACAAAAACCUACGCAAAGUGUAAAGUAAAACUUUUUACAUAUUAAACUUCACAGAUGGGAUAAGUGCUGGAAUAGUCAGGUUUUUAAAUCCUUUAUUCUUUUUUAAUUUAUUGAAUUUUAGAAAGCAAACAUUAUAAGCAGGAAAUAAAUACGUUUUCUUUAUGGGGAAAAUGUUGGGGACUUAAAAAAAAAAUAUGUUAUAAGCAGGAAAACAUUUUACCAGGUUUCUACUGUAAAUAUCCUUUCUUUAAUUUCAAAAAAUCAAAAAUAUAAUAGGUUGAAUGCUUCUUCAAAACUUAAUUUCAGUGUUUUACUCUGACAUUUUUUAAAACUCUGACUAUAUAGAUCUAAAUUCAAAUUAGAAAGAGGCUUAGAAAUUGAAUUUCGAGACUCGGAUUUGAGAAAAACCAAGUUUACUUGACUCAUCACUGUUUAAAAUUUCAAAAUGCUUCUUGUUAAACCAGAAAUUAAUGUGUAGAAACAAUUUUUUUUUUCUCUCCCUAGGCAGAAGUAGGACCACUAAAACAUUCCUUCUCAUGUUGAAACUCCAAACGAAUGUGUUUCCCCAAUGAGUCGCAAACAGGUAAGCAAUGUGUAUCCAUCACUGCAGCCAGUUGUAUGCAUAAUUUUGAUUACAUAUCUAGUUUGUAACAUGCACACUUCAAGUUUCAUCCACUGGCUAGGCUUCUGGGAAUCCCAUUUAUUUUUCUUUUUAAUCAAAUAUAAAAAUAUUUGAGGAUAUCAAAUAUUUUACAAAUUCAAUUUAAAAAAUAUGUGGGCCUUUUUUUAUUUCACACUCUAGGAGUGCAAAAAUAAAGUUAACAUAUAUAUGAAGACAAAAUGGAGUGAUGUGAAAUGCAAUAAAAAUUAAAAUAAAAACUGGCCAUGCAUUUUCUUAAACCAAGAUCAUUUUUAAGUGGUUUGAAAACUAUUAAGUCAAUCAAAUAAGUAUGCACAUUGAAAUAUAAUUUUUUAAUCACGAAAAAAUUAUUCGUUACAUAAUAGAACAUGUAUGUACUGUUUUGUAGAAAACAAAUCCCAAUUUCUCAAUAAAUCUUGUUGGCUUCAUUUAAGUCCCACUUACUGAUUUAUUGGUAAUAAAUAAUCAAAAAAAUUUAAAAGAAUACUUGCAGGGCAUUUUGCCUGGGCACAUGUUAACAUUGAAGUAUUGAAUGUCUUAAAUAUUUAAACAGUACUGUUAUGUAUGUUAAGAAAUUUUUAUAUUUUUAAAAUAGAAGAUUUUUAGAAUAGCUUUAUAAUUAUAAUUCAUUGUUAAUACUAUUGUGAAAUUAAUACUUCCAAUGUAUGCACAAUAUAUGUAAUAAUGACAAGCCAAUAAAGUUUCAAUAUAUUGAAGGGAAA